GGAUUACAGUCGUUGUUUCUGUGGCAAACCAGAAUAACACACGUUUCACAAUGGCUGAUCCAAUAAAGGGCUUAGCUGCAUUUAUUCUGUUGAAUUUUGUACAUUUGACGGUGGCCCAACAACUGUGUACCAAAAUUGAUUUUGAUCGUACGGUUCUUCCAGAAUUUCGUGAGUGUACAGAUCAACGAUUGCCAGCACUUUACAUAACAGAUUAUGCGUCGCAUCGUGAAGUUCCACCGUAUCGACCAGCUUCACCAUACUAUCUUUCGAAUAGUUAUUUUGGUCUUUCGUGCAUUGAAUCGGUCAUAGUUUUGGCAUUUGAUAAGUACACUUCUAUCGAGGCUGCGAUUUAUCUAAAGUCUUUGGGAAGUGCAUUUGUUGAGAUUAACGUUUAUGACGCAACUCAUAUAAAUUCGCUUGUGAAAUCAUUUCGCAGUGAUGGCACACAAAAUUGGUCCAUUCUUCGUGGUAGCGUUGACAGAAAUAUUUCAAACGCUCGAGUCGAAAUAAAAGCUUAUACGGAUUUGCAAACCGUACUCGCCAUUCAGUUUCUACAUAUUCUUAAUUCAGCUAUCGAUUGGUCUGAAUGUAAAAGCACGACUCAACCACUAACCACAAGACCGCCUCCCAUUACAUCACCAUUGCCACCCGUUACAUCAACUGGACCGCCAGCUAAGAAUCCUGAACAGACUUGGUGGUGGGUGAUUUUCGGUGCUUGUGCGCUAGUCGUGGUACUUAUUAUCAUUAUCGUUUGUGUAAUUUGUAUGCUUAACAUGCGCCGAACUCGUUCUCAUGACUGCACAGCCAAAUAGAUAAAAAAAUCCUCUAUAACUCCAAGUUGUAACAAUUUUUAUUUUAUUUUAUUGUUUAUCGCAAAUAAAUUUAGCAUCGAAUUUUA